GUCUGCCAUGUUUUGAUCUGUUGUUGUAUAUUCGUAUCAGCUUUACAGGCAGAUCCCGCACAUCACUGUGGUCAGAACGAUUUCCGGACAACAACCCUACGAAAAUGUCGGAAAAGAAUGGAGAUUCCAACAAGAAGGCUGCUAAAAAAGCAAACCUUCUCGAUCACGGAUCCAUCAAGCACAUCCUCGACGAGUCAGUAUCUGAGAUCGUUACCAGCAAGGGCUACACGGAAGAUGUGAGGCUGAGCAACGUUAGAUUGUUGCUAGGAGUCUUCAUCAUCAUAAUUGCUCUCUUCGCUCAGUUCUACAACAAGAAAUUCCCAGAUAACCGGAAUUUUCUCAUUGGCUGCAUAAUAUUGUAUGUGAUAGCGAAUGCAAUUUUGCAGCUGAUUGUGUACACGAAGGAGAAGAAUGCUAUUCUAUUCACUUAUCCUCCAGCUGGAUCUUUUAACAGUACUGGCUUAGUUGUGUCUUCGAAGCUGCCCAGAUUCUCAGAUUUGUACACACUGACAAUAGCAAGUGCGGAUCCUCAGUCCAUCUCAGCUAAAACACCUGUGGAGAUCACAAAGAGCGUUACUCACUGGUUUACAAAGGAUGGAGUUCUAGUGGAGGGACUCUUUUGGAAAGACGUGGAGAUGCUAAUCAAUGAUUACGCUAAAGAAGGCAAAAAGAGCAAGUGAGAAUCACUCAAUGAAUUUUGAAGAGUGGAACUGAUAGACUCAUCAUAGUCAGAAGGGAGAGAUAGAAAGAACAUAUUGGUUCUAACACACUGAUGUACGUGGAUUUUUUUUAUAACUAUUUCUUUGCUUCGAUGCAAUCCCAUCGUGGUGUUACAUUGACUAUUAAUAUCGAAGCAGAUUCAGCAGAGUAUGCAUACUGUAUACACCUGGGCUUCUUUUCAUCCGUAUAGCUUCUCGGACAUGAAACCUAUUGAUAAAUGACUGUAUACCUUAUUGUUUCGGUAUUCAGGGAACCAGGAGAGAGGCUCUGGACUUCUUGUAGUACAAUUCCACUUACAGGGAAUAGAAUGAAGGGUGAUUGGUCUUGGUUCUGCCCUAUGUUCUAAAAGGCGCUAGCGCGCCAACCCAGCGCCUAACGUCUAGGCCGGCGGCUAGGUGGGGACUAGUCGGUAGCUUAUACAUAACUUAUUUUUAUCAGUAGCUUUGCAUAAAUAUGAUAAGUAAUACAUAAUAAAAUGGUAGUGUCAUGUUUGUGUGUGAAAAAUACACUCAUUAGCAUACAUGAAUGACAGAAUUGUCACAUGCAAUGAUAUAUGAUAACUAAUCACUU